AGGUGAGGAGGGGUCAAGCCCGACGCCCGGGCCCCGAGGGGAACCGGGGCUGAGGCUCUCUCGAGAGGUCUCAGUGGAAGGGCCAGAGAAAGGUUCUUAGCUGUGUAAGAGGCAUUCUUUUCGGGCAAAGUGACUAUUAUAAAAAUAACUAGGGUGCUCCAGAGUUGAGCCGACAGGGAUUUGGGUUCAGUGAGGGAGAACCGAGACAAGCCAAGAGAGCUUUCUUAAUCUAGAAGACUCGGAACUGGAGCAAGGGAAGCAGGGUCUCGCAUCAGUUAUGGGAGCUGCUGGGAAUGCUAAAGGGUGAGCUAGAGGCUCAGGGUCUUGCGAGAACUCAUGCUUUUGUUCCCAUUACGUGUGGAGAUGUGGUAACUUGAAGUUUUUUGGUACUCCUGGGGUAGCCAAUGAAGACAAAAGUAAUUUUUUUUUUCUCUAACUGUUGGCCGUUCACACACUUUAGACUGCAGUCUCUGUUUCUUCUUACCUCCUGUUUCAUGUCCUGUGAAAAAGCUAAGAAGUCGGCUUUGGGGGUGUUCAUUCUUUCUUUCCUACUUAAUAAUGUGGUCUUUAUUGGAUACCUUGUCUCUGACCCAGCAAUGGAGAAUCAGUGAUUUAUUUUCUGCACUGGAAAUGGACUUAGGGAUCCCGCAGCCAUCCAGAGACCUUCUGACCAUAGUUGGGGAAACUUUCGUGGCACUUGGACUUGGGUAUUUCCCAGGCAGGUAAUGGUUAGGUGGAACCAAGCCUGGAAAUAUGAGGUGAUAUCACUGAGGAAGGGAUUUGGGGAAGAGUGAGAAAUUCCAUUCCAGAAGGUUGGCAUCACCCCUGUUCUUUGUCUCCUUCUUCAGGAGCCCCGGUCUCUGAGCUAUUAGAAAGUUGGGUCAGAUGGAGAGGCACUUGGGGAAGGAGGACUGUUGAAGCCUGGAAGUCCCCUCCCUCCCCCCUCCCCCCUUUGCCGCUUUGUGGCAUCCCCCUCCCUCUACCCUUUCCCACUCUGAUAAUCUCGCCAUGACUAGCAGAAGCACAGCCAGGCCCAAUGGGCAGCCCCAGGCCAGCAAAAUAUGCCAGUUCAAGUUGGUCUUACUGGGUGAAUCUGCAGUAGGGAAGUCUAGCCUGGUAUUACGUUUUGUCAAAGGACAGUUCCACGAGUACCAGGAGAGCACCAUUGGAGCGGCCUUCCUCACCCAGUCUGUUUGUCUAGAUGACACAACAGUCAAGUUUGAGAUCUGGGACACAGCUGGGCAAGAGCGAUACCAUAGCUUGGCCCCCAUGUACUACAGAGGUGCCCAGGCUGCAAUUGUGGUUUAUGACAUUACUAAUCAGGAAACCUUUGCCCGAGCGAAGACAUGGGUAAAGGAACUACAGCGACAGGCCAGUCCUAGCAUCGUUAUUGCCCUGGCAGGGAACAAAGCGGACCUGGCCAACAAGCGCAUGGUGGAGUAUGAAGAGGCCCAGGCGUAUGCAGAUGACAACACCUUAUUGUUUAUGGAGACUUCAGCCAAGACAGCUAUGAACGUGAACGAUCUCUUCCUGGCAAUAGCUAAGAAGUUGCCAAAGAGUGAACCCCAGAAUCUGGGGGGUGCAGCAGGCCGAAGCCGGGGUGUGGAUCUCCAUGAGCAGUCCCAGCAGAACAAGAGCCAGUGUUGUAGCAACUGAGGGGUGGCUAGCAGCAAACAAGUAUGAAGCUAGCACGAGAGCUAAGAAAUAACCUCCAUCCCCACCCCUCAGCACACAGCCCCUACGGUAACAGCACACUGAGCCCUGGCUCCCAAGGGCUGCCUCCUGACAGCUCCGUCAUGGCACUUUUUAACGCUUCAGCAACAACACCAGGCAGCUGUUGCCACUGGCCUCCUACCCCUACUCUGGGGCCUGGAGGUCAGAUCCCCCAGGACUUACCUUCCAAAACAAACUUUCUCCACUUUGUAUUAUAGGUGCAAGACAGUGACCUACUUACCUUUCCUCCUUUUCUUCCCCAUUUUUUCAAAAAACGUUGUCUCCUGCCCCUUUCCCUUCAGCUUUUGGUCAGUCUCUGUUCUUGAUCCCCUUUUCCUCCUCUCCCCAGGGUGGAGAAGGUGGUGAACCCAGGAACUAAGAAGGAAGGAGGUUUUCAGUUCAGUCACAUUAAAGGCCCUGGGGGAAAGUAAGGCUCAGAGCAGGAAGGAGUAAAGAAACAUUGUCUUUUUGUUUUAUUUGGUUGGAGUUUCUCAUGUUUGAAAACACUGCAGUAUCCAUAAGUUGGCCUUGUGGAGGGUGUUUUUAGGUAGAGGUGAGAAUGGAAGGCAAGCUCUUGGGCACCAUGUGGGAGUCUUGUUGUUAGCUAACUGGGCAGAGGUGGAAGAGGUGGAGAUGCAGUGUCGUCUAUGGCUCUGGAACUCUUCCCAGGCCUACUUUCCCCUCACCCAGCCACUUAGGUAGCGUCUCUCCCAUAAUGGGAGAGGUUCUGGACUCCAGAGUCCUCCAAAGAAUCUUCACUGGUUGCCUGCAUCUUUGGCUCUGCUGUGAUCUAAAUGGAGGAGGGACCAGUUUCUGACACCCAUCCUCUGACUUAUACAUAUGCAUUUUUUUUUUUUUUCCUCUCUCGUCUUCAGAUGGCCUCAGCCCCAGCCACUAUAUCCCCUGCAGUUUGCACUUUAAUUGAUGGUAGUUCAGUUGUGAUACUUGUUUUAUGGGGGUUUUGAUUGAUUUACCUGCCCUCUUUUUAAUUAAAUGGAAUCCGAGGUGUGUAUGAGGUUUGGGAAGGGGCUGUAGAGAACAGUACUGGUGGCAGCUACUCAAGCCCGGUCUCCACUGCUAGCUUCCUCCAACUCUGAUUCUUACUUCACCUGUAUUCUUGCCAUCCUAACUCUUGGGUAGAGGUUUACCUUUCCUGGAGAAUUAACUGAGUAACUGUAGAGCAGCUUCUCAGGAUAGCAUAGGUCAUUGUAGGGGAGUGAAGAGGAAUCCAGCAAGAGGGAGGAGUUUUUUGUCCUUUCCCAGGGUUCUCAUUCAAUUUGAUCCACUCAUUACCAGUCUUUUGUACUUCCCUGUAAAUAGGUAUGAUCUUUAUUCCUACUGUACAGUCUGUUCUGUCUCCCCCACCUCCCAUCAGACCCUAUUUUGUCCUUUAUUAGUAUCUUUAGUUUGGUCCCUUCAUGCUUAUCCCCAAACCCACCCCAUGCAACCAGUGGUUUAAUCCACAUACCACUAGCAUGUAGUUCUACAGAAGCCUACUUGUGGCCCCCUCAUAUCAUAACACCUGUUCCUGUGGACAGGGAAUGACUGGCACUGAAGGUCCCUCACAGUUGUCCCGUAUCACCAGAGGACGUUGGUCCUUUCUUAAUCUCUAGCCUCUCUUCAUAUCCCUCAUCAGGUAUUUUAUGAUGUCUUUGGGAAGCCAUCAAGGCAAGAGACAACUCUAAACUCCUUCUUGUUCUAGCCCAGAAUUUGGGAGAAAUAAGAUAGACGAGGCCAUAGUAACCUAGGAUUGGAACCUUUCUGCCCUUUUGGCGUGCAGACUGCCUUCUGUCCCAGAGCAGCUCAGAAAUCCAUGAAGCUGAGAUUCUGAAGGACCCAGCUUAGGUUCUUCCACUUAGGCCUCAAUUCCCUUCCUUUUCCAGGGGCAGCCUUAGUUCCCGUGGCCCUGAAACACACAUGCAUUUCCCCCUUCUUUUCCCAGCACCCACUAGCCCCCAGAAGUACCCGGUGCAUCCUUACAAGUGGAAGAACUUAGGAUGGCUCUUUUAAGUCUCUUAGAAAUGAAGUCCUUUCUCUGUACAGCUUUCCCCAUGGAGCAGGAGUGAAGAUGUUUCAUUGCCUUGGGGUUGGGAAACCAUUUCUCCAGGCCUCUUCUCCCCUCCCCUGCCCCCCUUAGGAACAGGAUUGGCCUUAGCUUCUGGGCCUAUCUGCUGCCUUUUGUCCACUUCCUCUCAACUCUUCUGCUUUCCUUUGAGCUCUUUGGGGCUUGGGGAACCUUAGUUUUUUUUAUUUCCCAGCUCUUAAUUUUUUUCUUCUGAUCAGUUGGUUUUUUUUUAAGGGGCGGGGUGGGGGGGAGGUUGGUGGUUUUUUUUCUGUUUGUUUUUUUUUUUGCUUCUAAAAAAAGCAUUUGCCUUUUUUCCCUUUCUUCCUCUCCCAACAUAACAAUCGUGGUAACAGAAUGCAACUGCUGAUUUACCGAUGUAUUUAAUGUAAGUAAAAAAGGAGAAAAAAAAAGUG